CGCAUACAAUUCAAAACUUCCGGUUUAAUCAAACGACGAAGUCUAUUUUGGCUAGCUAGCGAGCUAGUUUAUGAAACAAGUUUAAUAGUAAUUUAUUGACACCGCAAUCAAAAUGGGGAAGCGUCAACAUCAGAAGGAUAAAAUGUACAUCACAUGUGCUGAGUACACCCAUUUCUAUGGCGGAAAAAGAUCAGAAAUUCCAAAGUCAAAUUUUCGACGUCUUCCAUUUGACCACUGCAGUUUGUCUCUGCAGCCGUUUGAGUACCCCAUGUGCACUCCUGAGGGAAUCGUCUUUGACCUGCUGAGCAUCGUUCCUUGGAUAAAGAAGUUUGGCACCAAUCCCAUCUCUGGAGAGAAACUGGAAGCUAAGUCCCUCAUCAAGCUAAACUUCGCCAAGAACAAUGAUGGUAAAUACCACUGUCCCGUCCUGUACACAGUCUUCACUAACAACUCCCAUAUCGUCACCAACAAGCUCACUGGCAAUGUGUUCUCUCACGAGGCUGUGGAGCAGCUCAACAUCAAGACUAAGAGUUACAGAGACCUGCUGUCUGAUGAACCAUUCACCAGACAGGACAUCAUCACCCUGCAGGACCCUACCAACCUGGAUAAAUUCAAUGUCUCGGACUUCUUCCACGUCAAGAACAACCUCAAAGUACUGGACCCUGAUGAGGAGAAGGCUAAGCUGGACCCUGGCUACCACCUGAACAGUACUAACCUGGAGACCAGAGAGACCCUGGCUGAGCUCUAUAAGGGUUAUAAAGGAGACGCUCUACUGGCCUCUACCAUGAAGGAACCACAGGCCAAAAAGACUGACAAACUUAACGCGGCCCACUACUCUACAGGCAGAGUAUCUGCUUCCUUCACCUCCACAGCAAUGACCCCUGCGACCGAACACACUGCAGAUGCGAUCGCAGACGACACGGUGCGCUACACCUACGUGAAGAAGAAAGGCUAUGUCCGCCUCCACACCAACAAGGGAGACAUCAACCUGGAACUGUACUGUGACAAGGUUCCUAAAGCAGGAGAGAACUUCACCAAGCUGUGUAAGAAGGGUUACUAUGACGGAACUGUCUUCCACAGAUCUAUCAGGAACUUCAUGAUCCAAGGAGGAGACCCAACUGGGACUGGUUUAGGAGGAGAGUCUUUCUGGGGUAAGCCCUUCAAAGAUGAGUUUCGUCCCAACCUGUCCCAUACGGGGCGAGGGGUUCUCAGUAUGGCCAACUCAGGACCCAACACCAACAAGUCCCAGUUCUUCAUCACCUUCCGGUCAUGUCCCUACCUGGACAGGAAACAUACUGUGUUUGGAAGGGUGGUAGGAGGCUUCGAGGCUCUGACAGCCAUGGAGAACAUAGAGGCUGAUCCUAAAACAGAUAAACCCAGGUCUGAGAUCAAGCUGCUGAGUGCCACUGUGUUCGUGGACCCUUAUGAAGAGGCAGAUGCCCAGAUUGCAGCGGAGCGCCACAAGGAGGUAGAGAAGCAGGAGGAGGAGAGAGCUCAGACCAGUGGGUCUCAGAAGAAGACUAAAGCAGAUCAGGCUCCCAAGACCUUCAAGGCUGGAAUAGGAAAAUACAUCAACCCUGCUACCAGCACCACAACCACGAAGCGUCCAGCAGCAGAGGACAGUGGACCGUCCACCAGUGGAGUGACCAGCGGAGCCAAGAAGGCCAAAGGAAAGACUGGCUUUGGAGACUUCAGCUCCUGGUAGCUCCAUGGACACUCACACAUCCCCUUGGACUAGCUCAUGGACACUCUGACUGCGUCCCAAAUGGCACCCUAUUCCCUAUAUAGUGCACUACUUUAGACCAGAGAAUGGCACCCUAUUCCC